AUGGAGCAGGCGACAUCUUUCUAUGUGGAUUGCACGCAUGCCGCUGGCUCCCUUGAAUAUGUCGACGGUCAUGCCGAAGGCUGCAUGAAGAUAUAUGACCUUUGGAAAAAUCGGCGUGUGACGGACAAAGGCCCUGAGCGCUCGCCGUGCAGCGCGCCCGACUAUAUUCACGCGGUUGAUACAGGCGAAUGGGCAGAGUGCUGCCGAAGACAGCUCAUGCAUCCGGAUGAUGAGCAAGGUCCUAUGAAACACGUGCUGAAGCUGCUUGUGGCAUUAGGAUUGAGAAAAGGACACAAAGAGGUCUACAUUUGCCAGCCUCUAAAAGUCGAGCAUCACAACUACUCCUACGAUAUGCAGUCCGGCUUGGGAUGGAUCAAGGACCUGGUUUUGGAAGUUCCCCUCCAGCAAGACAAGAACAUGGCUUGGGGUAG